AAUCAGGGCAAAACUCAGCAUCAGCGAAGAUUGAUUUGUCUGUAGACUCUGCAGCAAUUUGUCUUUGGAGGCAUUGCCAAUUUCGUUCAAAAGUAACUGGUUGCAAUAGCAUCCUUCCACAAGAGCCACAUUGAUGACGAAGUUCAGGAAGCUCAACCGACCCACGGGUCACCGCAUGUCCAUGCUCAGGACGAUGGUGUCACAGUUGGUGAAGCACGAGCGGAUUGAAACCACUGUUGCCAAGGCCAAAGAGAUUCGACGUGAAGCUGAUAAAAUGGUGCAGCUUGGAAAAGAUGGUUCCCUUUGUGCUGUAAGGCGUGCUGCUGCUUUUGUGCGUGGGGAUGAUGUAAUGCACAAGCUGUUUACAGAAUUAGCUUAUCGAUACAAAGAUCGAACAGGUGGAUACACAAGACUACUUCGGACUCGUAUACGAGUUGGUGAUGCUGCACCUAUGGCCUAUAUUGAGUUCAUUGACAGAGAAAAUGAGCUCAGACAAUCAAAACCACCAGCUCCUCAACCACAGAGAGUUCCCUUGGAUCCUUGGGCAAGGUCGAAGCUUUGCAAGCAGUUUGCACCUCCCAAAGAAGAUAAGAGCUCUGAUAUUUGAUUUGGCGUAUUAAGAUUUUAUUUCAAUAAUUUCCUGAGUCUCCAGUAUCUUAUGAUUCACUUGAGAGGUGGUCCCCUAUAUUUUUUGUAAUUCCUCUCAUAGGAAGUCUCUGAAUUCUUGUGAUUUUUCGGCCCUGUUUGAUAUGGAUGUGGAUUAUAAUGUAGUAUCACUAAUUCGUACCCUGUUAUUUUAUUUUUCUCAUAAUCAUCAAAUUGCGUAGGAAUGCGUUCUGCUUA